AUGCACGGUGUCACAGCAACGGCUGCCGAUAUGAAUGAACUCGCUGGUUGGCUUACCACAGCAUUUCCGGGUAUCUAUGUCAUUUCGAUUGAAAUUGGCAAUGGCUACGACGAUUCCUUUUUAUUACCGCUGAACAAACAAGUGGAGCUCUUUUGUGCUACUAUCCUUGCCGAUGCACAUCUGCGUCAAGGCUUCAACAUGCUCGGUGUCUCGCAAGGCAGUCUGAUAGUGAGAGGAGCAGUUGAACGAUGUUCGCUGCCCGUCUACAAUCUGAUCACUCUUGUUGGUGCUCAUCAAGGUGUCUUUGGCAUUCCUGGUCUUAAAUUGCUUCCUGCCGAAUUUCGCGAAUUAGUCUCAAAAUAUGCAUACGAGGAACCUGUUCAGAAUGUGAUUAGUGUAGCGGGCUUCUGGCGUGAUCCUUUUAGACUGGAUGAAUACACUAAUCGCUGUCAUUUUCUUCCAGACAUUAAUAAUGAACGUCAAGUUCGCAAUGAAACCUAUCGUAUGAAUAUGCUUAAGCUCAAUGCAUUUGUUAUGACCUAUUCGGAUAUAGACGAAGUUAUAACACCACCACAAUCGGGCUGGUUUAUGGGCUAUGCACCACAAUCACUGGACGUCGAAAUAUGGAAUCAGUCGCGUCAAUUUACUGAAGAUCUCAUCGGGAUGCGUUCGUUGUGGGAACAAGGCAAAUUGCACCUAUUUACUUCACAUACAAAGCAUGCGGACUCUCAACAUGCUCCCAGUAAAGAAUUUUUCUUUCAGAACAUCUUACCAUUUUUCAAUAAUACGCUUCCAUAA